AUGAGAGGCCCCCCCGCAGUCGCGUCCUCAUCCCGCUACAGUUCUUUACCGCGACCAGCUGGCCGGCGCCCCGGGCCCCGCCCCGCGCCCCUCCCAGGUUACGUCAUAGAACCCACAGGCCCUGCAGGCGGGGAGACCAGGGCCCGGCCGCGUGUGCCGGGCCUCUCGCAUCUUCCCCUCUCCCUGCACGCAGGUUCUAAAAGGAAGCGACGACCAGCACACAGAGCAGCGGGGGAGGUCGGCCGGUCCUCCCGCCGCCCAGGCAGCAGCAGCAGCAGCAGUAACAGGCGGGCGGGAGACGCGCAUCUGAAGCCCCCUCACGUAUUUCGCCCGCCACUGCCCUGCUCCGCUUGGCCGCUACCCCGCCUAGGUCGAGGCGGCGGGGCCGGCCCCUAUUGGUCCGCCGCGGCCCUCCGCCCGCCCCCUCGCCCCACUUAUUGGCCGAAGCCGCCGCGCCCGCGGGAUAGGCGGCGGCGGCGCCCCUCCCUCGCGCCGGCCCUCAAGAGGGCGACGAGGAAGCGGCCGCCUCCCUGCGUCCCGCCCCUCGGGCUAGUUCGCUGGCUCCCGGCUCCUCCCGGCCCUCUCCCGGCUCCCUCCGGCUCCGGCUCCGGCGCGGCGGCGGCGGCGGCGGCGGCGGGUAGGUGCAGCGGCAGGCGGGGCCCGAUCGGACGGGCGGCUUCCUCACUGUCCCCGGGACUGCCCGAGCCUCGCCCCGCGGUAGCCCGGGACCCCACCAGGCCCGCCCGAAGCGGGGAAGGGCGGUGGCCGCCGGCCUGCGGGACGCGGGGGCGGUCGGGCGAGGGGGGCCUGCGGGCGUGA